CCUCCCCCAGAAACUUGGUCUCCUCCUACAUGGCAAUUAGAACUGACAAUCAGCUCGCUCUGCUUUCCAAAGCAGAUUUCUGCAUUCUCAGCUGCCGGCUUCAGCGGCUGAAAGGACUGCCACCUUUUCCCAUCUCCACAGCCUCAAGAAAAGAGAGACCUCAAACUUUCCAGAUCCCUUCCUCUCGUAGGAAACUGUCAAGCACAGGAAUAAAGAUGGCUACUAACCCAGUAGAAGACAACUGCAUCAACUUUGUGGGAAUGAAAUUUAUUGACAAUACACUUUACUUUGUAGCUGAAAAUGAUGACAACCUGGAGUCGGAUUACUUUGGCAAGCUUGAACCUAGACUCUCUAUCAUACGAAAUUUGAACGACCAAGUUCUCUUCGUUAAUGAGGGCAAUCAACCAGUGUUUGAAGAUAUGCCUGAUUCUGACUGUACAGAAAACGCAUCCCAUACCGUAUUUAUCAUAAAUAUGUAUAAAGAUAGCCUCACCAGAGGUCUGGCGGUAACCAUCUCUGUGAUGUGUAAUAGAAUGUCUACUCUGUCCUGUAAGAACAAAACUAUUUCCUUUAAGGAAAUGAGACCCCCAGACAGUAUCAGCGACGAAGGGAAUGACAUCAUAUUCUUUCAGAGAAGUGUUCCAGGACAUGACGAUAAGAUACAAUUUGAGUCUUCAUUGUACCAAGGACACUUUCUAGCUUGUAAAAGAGAGAAAGAGCUUUUCAAACUUAUUUUGAAAGAAAAGGAUGGAAGUGGGGACAAAUCCGUUAUGUUCACUGUUCAAAACCCCAAGCUAGAUAUUAAAAUCGCAGUUUGAAUUUUUUGACUUUUUGUCUUUCAGAAAGGUUGUAAGACUCUGAGCCUGUACUUGUAGUAAUGAAAUAAAGUGAAUAAUGGUCUCAAGA